AUAUUAUCAAAUUUUUGGCGGUAGAAUGGAAACAAUUACGCUAUGUAAUAAAUAAUAUCAAAUUUAAACUAUGAAAGACAUCAAAGAUUAUUUUUCAAGCCCACAAAAGAAAACAGACGUAAACUCUGAAAACUCAGUGGUACCAGUUAUAGAAGUAGAGCCAGAGUCUGAUAAAAAUGGGGAUACAAGUAAAAAGAAACGUAGGAAAAAAAAGAAACGUAAAGUCUCCGAUCCAGCAGUACGAGACGUAACGCAGUUAUUAUCGGAAAACUUAAAGUUUUCUCCGAAUAAUAGUGGACACACGAAGAGGGCUUCUGCAAAUGGGAGCUUUAUAAAAUCCGUAGUCCAGGAAACUGAAAACAGCACCUAUUCUCCUAUGAAAAUGAAAGAAAAUAAACCAGAUAAUUGUAGAAAUGGGUUAAUUAAAGAGAGCAAAUUGAAGAAUAUUAAAACUGCUUCAGCUGUGGAAUUGAAUUUAGAAGUAAAUAGUAAUGGGAAUAAAACUUUAGAAGCAGAUGUACAAGAAAUAUCUGAUGAACUAAUUGUAAAUAGUGCUCAGAAGAACAAUAAAGUUAACGCUUUUCAAUUUUUGAUGGAUAGAAGGAACAAAAGUAUAGGAAUGAACUCACCAGGCAAAGAACUAGGUAAAGAUUCUGUGGUAGAAGAGCAAGAAAACAAAGAAAAAUUAGCUGCACGAAGAGAUUUGUUUAUGAAUUGGUCAGAACAAAAAGGUGGCGCAAAAAGAAAGAGAAUAGAAGAAGAAAAAGAUGAAAUUAUUGAGAAAAAGCUGAAAGUCAGAGCAAAGAGGUUAAAGAAACUUUUGAAAGUUGAGGGUGAGGAACUCGAGAAAACUGAAAAAGUCCCUAGAAGGAAAAGAGUAGCUAAAAUGGAAAGCAGUAGUGAAGAUUCUGAUUUUGAAGUGGUGAAGGUUAAACAAGGUAUAAGUGAAGAUCAAUCUUCAAAAAAAGAAAAAAAUCGUACUAAUAAACAAGUAAAAGAGAAAAAAACAGUGGAAAUGAAGAAAAAAAGAGGAAGGUCUAAGAAGAAUAAAGAAGAUAAAACUUUACCAAAGGAUACCAAUGGUGAAACAAAAAAAGAUAUUAAACAUUAUAAAGUAGAAGAUAAGAGCAUCGAGGAAAGUUCUAAGAAUAAUUAUACAAAAGAAGAGAAUAAACAUGACCAAAAAGAAAAAAAUACAGUAAAUUUAAAAAAUGAAAUAAACAACAGGUUUAAAAAAGCUGUCAAAAAUAUAGCUGGUAGCAUGUUAGCAUUUAUAACCACUGACAAAUGCAAAGAAGUUGAUAUAGAGGCUGAAAUCGUUGAUGAAACUGUUGAAAAGAAAACAAAUCCAGAGGAAAAUAACCCUAGAAAAAAAAGUAAAUAUAGGAAAAAAUCAAAAAGGAAAACAAAUAAUUCCAUUUCAAAAGCUGUGGCUUUGGAUGAUUCAAGCAGAGACACGAUUAUUUCUACAAAGGAAGCAAAAGAGACAGAUAUUUUGGUGGAUGAAUCAAGUACGGAUGCUAUAGUCACAUCUACAAGGCGAUCAAGUAGACUGAAAAUAAUGGAAGACAGAAAUGAAGAUGAAAAGUCAACUAGAAAUAGCAAAGUGGUAGAUUAUGCUGAAAAUUGUACUUCUGAAGAAUCAGAUGCAGCUGAAAUUGUGGCUUUGAGUUCUGACGAGAAGAAACAAAACGCGCCAAAGAAGAAUGUAAAACUCGCUCCCAUAUUCUCUAAAGCUGUACCCAAACCUAAGGAAGAUCCUGCAGUCGUUGAAGCUAGAAAACAAUUUUUGUUGAGCGGAUUACCAUCUGCGCUGAAGAAAACAAUUGAAAAACAAAAUAGCAUCAUUGAGCAACAGAACACCUUUCCAAUAACUCAACACAUUCAACAAAGAUGUGACAGUUCUUUUUGGUCUUUGCCUCAUUCUGAAUUGCAGUUACUCGAAGUCUCACCUUCAGCAGUAGACUACAACAUCAGGUGUGAGCAAUUAACAAAGAGCAAUAUCGUAAAAAGUAUAAACAUCGAUACUGAAGUGAAAAAAGUAGAUAAAUUGAAGGUGUUGCUCAAUAAAAUUAAGGCAGAAAAUCCCAACUAUCCAGUAUAUAAGUCAUUUAGACAGAUUCAUGAAAAAAGUGGACGGAAACUGGAUAUAACAGAAGAUGUCACCAAAACUCCUGAAAGGAAGCGGAAACGGAACAAAAAGAAGAGAGAAAAGGAAGUAAAUCAAACUGUAGAACUUUUGGAUCAGAAAACUGAUGCAGAGCCUGUUGAGUACAGCAUGUGGACGGAAAAAUACAAGCCUAAGUGUUCCAAUGAUAUCAUUGGAAAUGCGCUGGCAGUUAAAAGUUUGAAAAAGUGGCUGGAAGAUUGGAAGCAAUUUAGUCAAGAAAUAAAUUCAAGAAAGAGACGACGAAGUUCUACUAGCGAAUCAGAGUUUGAGAAAACCGAUUGUGACAGUAGGGAGAGUUCCACUUUACCUGGAAAAAUAAUUGUUCUAGCAGGACCGUGCGGAAGUGGGAAAACUACAGCUGUGUAUGCUCUCUGCAACGAAUUAGGAUUCAAUGUCAUCGAACUCAAUGCAUCUAGCAAAAGAACAGGCAAGCGUCUACUACAAGAAAUUCAAGAAGCCACGCAGUCCCACCAAGUGCGAAACAAAGAAUCGCAGUCGUUCCAGACAUUCUUUAAGUCAAACUCCCAGACGGAAAAACCCGAAAAUCCCGAAAACUCCUCGAAGAAAAUGUGCGUCCUUCUUGUAGAAGAUAUCGACGUCGUUUUCGAGCAGGACGACGGCUUCAUCAGCGCUCUGUUACAGUUGUCGACCACGAGUAAGAGACCUAUUAUAGCGACCACCACCGACUAUACGUCUUUCAUUGUACAGAAGUUCUUAGGGAUGUACGAGUACAUCGAGUUCGUGCCUUUAUCUUCGUUCUUGCUGUCGACGUGGCUUCAGAUCGUGUUUUUGGUGGAAGGGUUGUACGUUUCACAAGACGAAAUAGGUAGUUUAUUAGAAUAUUACAAAGGAGACGUCAGGAAAACGCUGCUGCAGUUCCAAUUUUGGGUCCAAUCCGGAGGCCAACUACAACGAAAUCGUUCUCUGAUCAAGUUAGAAUAUAAAAAAACUCCUACUGACGAACAGCUGGCUGAAGACGAAAAAUUUAGUGCUGUCGAUGAGGAGAAAUGUACAGAAGACGACGUUUUUGAACACAGACAAUGUUUAGGAAGUUUCGAGAUAUUAGAGCGUGAUGAAUCGUUUAGAGUGCCGUUUUAUUUGAACUUGGGACUAUUGUGGUGGAAUUUGCCGAGUAUUUUGAAUAUACCAGACGUUUCUGGACAAAGAAUUCGCUCUUUACAAAACGGAGAUCUUGCAAAAGAAGAAUCGAGCGAUGAUUUGAAACAAAAAACUUUAAAACAAAUCAAAUCGAUUGGAAAAGUGUACGAUGCGUUGUCACACGUCGAUAUAAAAUUUAGAAAAAAUAGUUUAGUCAGUUCCGAACCUUUAAAAAGAUUUAGUGUUCAAAUUAAAGACAGUUUAGAAUUGUCAGAGGCUCUAAAUAGGUAUAAUGACAUGGAGUUUGUGCACGAACUAACGCAUUCUUUUGUAAAUGGAUGUAUCAGUCAUUGUGGGACCGUUAAUAGCAAAAGUUGUGCACUGAACGUGACGAUGCCGGAUAAAAUCGAAAGAAGAUGGCGAACAAAAAUUGAUAAAUGCGAAGACGCCUUUAACGAAGCUUUACCAAUGACGACUGAACGAAAGGCUGCAGCCCUGGACUACAUGCCCGCUUUGCGGAACAUUACGAGGUCAGAGUUUUUGCGGGCUGCGAAUAAUACAAAAAGAGGAAACCGUUUUAGGUACUACUUACGAGAUAUAGGGAUAAAAUAUAAUGACGAUUUAGUUAAAAGCGCGUGCGAAAUAUUAAACAGUAUGGAAUAGACUUUUUGCAUAUAUUUUUACAUAUAUUAAAAUUAUUUAUUAAGAAAAAAUUGUGUUGGCAAUUCUGUGUAAAUAAAAAUCAUUUUUAUUAA